CCCUUUUAAAAUUUGACAUCGUCGUGCAGUAGCUUUAUUGUUAAAUAAUUAAAAAAAAGUUGGAAUAUUAUCGACAAGAUGAUUUUUCAGGCCACACAACUUUUGCUAAUAAUUAUCUCGCUGCUUUGCAAAGUGAAUGGAAUUAGUUUCCGUCAUUCUGCACCAUCAACGCCAUCAGGAUUUGUCACGACACAAUCCAUCACGGAUGCUUUGUUCGCGCCGUUGCCUACGAGAGAAGCGCCAUUCUCGACAAUCGAUCACACUUUAGCUUAUGGAUUGUUGGGAAACAGUAUCGAUCCAUUAGAAGCUUAUAUCAGCGGAAAAGACGGAAGAAUUUUGAAACAAUAUGAGGUCUUUGAGAAUCAUGGCGAACCUGAUAUUUACAAUCUUGACACGAAUUUACAACAAACGAGUCUUUCUCCGUUUUUUUAUUCGACAAUCGCAAAUCAGCUACUCGAUCCAUACAUUUUCAAUGGUAAAGGAAUAGGAUAUGGACCUUCGAUAUCGAACUUACCUACAAUUAAAAGUCAAUUAACGAAAAGUCAUGGACCAAUAGCAUUAGGUUCGGGCGCUUUGGGAUACAUUCGUUUGCCAUCAGGAGCUGUUUAUCUUGGAUCAGGAUCUCUUGGCUACAUAAGUCACAAAGAACAUCAUGAUUCGCUCACUUCCAUUCAUGAAAGACGAAAAAUUGCAUCCAUUCCGGGUCCAUUGUCGUUUGGGCAUCGCCAUCACGAUUGA